UAAAUCUCAAAUUAUCACCGAAUUACGACAGAAAAAAUGAAUUCAACCUAACUUAUUAAGUUGUUAAAUUGUGAAUUUGAAAUGAUUACGUGAUAUAUCACAGUUCUGAUUUUCUAGUUUUCUUCCUCUUUGAAACAUUUUAAUUGAUUGUUAACAUUGGCGGUAACCUGACGUACUUUUUCAUUUAGGAAAAAUGUAAAUGUAACUUUGUGAAGAACUGUCAGUGUAUAUAUUGAGUUUUUAACUCAUUGUUAAGUUUGUCAAAAUAUAUUUUGCUUGCAACCCAAGCUAAAGACAAAGUAACAGUGGUCGCGAUGCUUAUACAAGUAUUAUUUGUGAUCUUUAGCAGUACGUUGGCAAUGUCUAUACAAGCCGCAGAUAUGUCAUUGAGUCAAGAUCAAGAUUCUUUAAAAAAUGUGUUUGCUGCAUGUAGCAGUUUUACAAACAUACUGUACAAGAAUUUAUCAACAAUCAUUAAUGAUAAUGUUGUAACUUCUCCAUUAAGCUUACACAUGAUAUUAUCUCUACUUGUCAAUGGAGCUGAUGGAACUACAUUGGAUGAACUAAAGUCUGUUCUUCAUCAUAAUGACUCAUCUUCUUUGAACAACGAAUUUAAGGCCUUAAUUCCUCUGUUAAAUAAUAUUGGAAAUCUUGAGCUACACAUAGCAAACUCAGCGUAUAUCCAAGAUAAUUUCGAAUUAAUGGCUGACUUUUUGUCAGUAUGCACGAAUGUCUUUCAAUCUUCAAUUUCAAGAGUAAAUUUCAAAGAUGCUGUCCAUGCUGUAGAAAUUAUCAAUUCUUGGGUCAAGGAAGCAACAAAUGAAAAGAUACCGGAUAUAAUUUCUGCAGGUGAUAUUGACGAGGAUACGAAAGUCAUCUUGUUAAAUGCUAUUUACUUCAAGAGUAAAUGGCAGAAGCCAUUUGAUCCGACGUUGACGCAAAAUCGCAAAUUUCACAUUUCCAAAACGGAAGCAAAUCUUGUCCCAAUGAUGUUCAAGAAGUCAAAAUAUGUCAAUGGUAAAAUACCGGCUUGGCACUCGAAAUUUAUCGAAAUCCCUUAUUUGAAUCAAGAUGUCGUAAUGAUAAUAUUGUUACCGGAUGAAGACGUGGAGCUACAAACCUUGGAGGACAAUUUUGAUUGGAAGACAUUGGCGAAAGAACCGACCUCUAUUGAGAAUAUCGAAUUGUAUCUACCGAAAUUUAAAUUCGAGAUUACUUUGAAACUAAAAGAAACUCUACGUAAAAUCGGGCUGAAGACGAUGUUUGAAGAUAUCGCGGAUUUCAGGCGACUUUCAAAAAUUCCUUUGAAAGUAGGCAAGGUGCUACAGAAAGUUUUCAUAGAAGUCAAUGAGGAAGGCUCAGAGGCUGCUGCUGCAUCAGAUGUGAUGGUAAGAAUGAGAAGGAUGACAAUUUUAGAGGAGAAGUUUGUAGUGGAUCGUCCAUUUAUGUUCAUGAUCCAGCAUAAGCCAAGCAAGAUACCUUUGUUUCUGGGAAGUGUGCGCAAGAUAAAAUCUUCACUAGAAAAAGAUGAACUAUAAGAUUACUUUUCUAUUUUCUCACAUUUUAUAUAAGAUAUUUAAAAAAUAAUAAAUGUUAAUUAUUUGCAAUCGA